UAUAUAGCCACAUGGGUUGGCGGCGGAUAUAUCAAUGGGACGGCAGAAAUCAUAUAUAGUUCGGGCAUAAUCUGGUGUCAGGCGCCGUUCGGAUACGCCAUGAGUUUAGUAAUAGGUGGUUUUUUCUUUGCCAACAAAAUGCGAGAACAGGGAUACGUAACAAUGUUAGACCCCUUCCAGGAGACACUGGGCUCUCGGAUGGGAGGACUGCUUUUCUUGCCGGCGCUUUGCGGCGAAAUAUUCUGGUCGGCGGCUAUAUUGGCCGCUUUGGGCGCAACCGUUAGUGUUAUCAUCGAUUUGGAUAACAACACAUCGAUCAUACUUUCGGCGUGUAUUGCACUUAUAUAUACACUGUUUGGUGGACUCUAUGCGGUCGCCUAUACCGAUGUCAUACAACUGUUCUGCAUCUUCAUAGGACUCUGGUUGUGUAUACCGUUUAGUAUAAACCAUCCGGCAGUGGGCAGUAUGUCUAUGGAACACAACGACUGGUUCGGCACAUUAGAGCCCAGAAUGUACGGCCAGUAUCUGGACUUUGGUCUACUGCUGAUCCUGGGAGGUGUCCCGUGGCAGGUGUACUUCCAACGUGUCCUGUCCUCCAAGUCUGCAUUUAAAGCACAAAUACUGUCAUAUGUGGCCGCGUUUGGAGUCAUAAUAAUGGCAAUCCCGCCAAUGAUUGUCGGCGGCAUCGCUAGAGUCACAGCGUGGAAUGAAACCGACUUCAAGGGUCCGCUACCUCUAGACGCCGCUCACCAAUCAUUAGUGUUACCAAUGGUUUUGCAAUACUUAACGCCGCCGUUUGUCUCAUUCUGGGGUUUGGGUGCCGUCAGCGCUGCCGUCAUGUCAUCAUCGGAUUCAUCGCUUUUGAGCGCCAGUUCUAUGUUUGCCAGAAAUGUCUACAAAUUGAUUAUCAGACAAAAUGCAUCAGAACAUGAGGUGCUUUGGAUUAUGAAACUUGCAAUAAUAGUAGUCGGAUGUGUGGCCACAGCAAUGGCAUUAACUGUUAAAUCUAUAUACGGCUUAUGGUUUCUAUCAUCAGAUUUGGUUUUUGUAAUACUAUUCCCACAAUUGGUUUGUGUCGUCCAUUAUAAGGAGAGGUGCAAUACUUACGGAUCACUCGCAGCGUAUAUGAUUGGCCUCUUCUUGCGAGGAAUGGGAGGGGAGUCGGUCAUGGGUUUGCCGGCAGUCAUCAAAUACCCCUUCUGGGAUCCAGAACUCGGCCAACUGUUCCCAUUCCGGACGUUCGCAAUGGUGACCAGUUUUAUCACACUAUUGUCUGUUUCGGCGCUCACGAAGUGGCUCUUCGAGAGCGGAACACUUGAGCCGCGUUUUGAUUUCUUUCGUUGUGUCGUUAAUAUUCCCGACGACGCGAUCGUCGUUCAGGAGCCGCACGAAGAGAUGACUAUAUUGAACGUGAAUCAGGCCCUCCUCUACCAGACAUCCGAACUCAACGGUCGAGUGAAUCCCGCGUUAGUUAGUAGUGAUACAGAAGACGAGCCCUUAAACAAUGAGAACAACAAACGAGUGAACAAUCGGAACAAUUCUCUGCGCGGAAGCAAACAAUUCGAUGAAAUACACGCAAAGCCAACCGCACUGUUCGGCUCUAUAGCUCCCGGACAAGUGAUCGUCACUAAGUUGUAAGUCAAUUACCACUUCACACAAUACACACCAUAUAUACACAUCAUCUUAUGUUAAGGCUGUCAUCAAAUCAAACAAAAACCAAACUUAACUUAACCCUAG